CAUAUUUUUACCGUCUCGCAUUAAUUAUGGCUGACCCAAAAUACGCCAAAUUGCCAGGAAUUGAUCUGAAUUCCCCAGAUGUUUAUGAAACCAAUGAACUACCUGAGUCAGAGCAAGGGAUUCAGUCAGAGCAGGAAGAGCUGCCAAAUGAAGCCAUUGAGAAAGUGGAACUGAAUACUGAUGAAGCUUACAAGAAGUUUAAGGGAAAGGGUGUCCAUGGAAAAGACAUAGAUUUUUCUGACAAGAUCACAGUUGGCAGACGGAUGGGAUAUGAGGCUGAUGACUAUGAAUUGGCUGGUGAGGGAGAGGGGAAGAUAGAAACUCCGCAGCAAAAGUUCCAGCGGCUACAGUCUGAGAUUAGAGAGCUUACAGAGGAAGUAUCUAGGAUCAAGGAGAAUGUCAAGUCUGAAUCGGCAGAUGAGAGGUUAUCUCCUGUCCAGCUGGGCAAGCAGUUGAGUUACCUACAACACCAGCUGACUGACCUUCACCUUGAAAAGCUUCUUGGACCUGAGGCCUCCAUUGACCUUUCUGACCCUCAGGGGGCGCUACAAAAGCGUCUUCUUACCCAGUUAGAGUCGUUUAAACCAGAUACCAAACAAAAAGCCCCUGGCAAGGAAGUAGUAGCAAGUAGCGGGGACCAUGUGACCUAUGAGUUGUUCUAUAGACCAGAACAGGCCCAAUUCAGCAGAAAUGCCAAGCUUGCCAGCCUGGAAGAGAGGCUGGAGAGACUGGAAGCUGCCAUGGGAAACACCAAUCAGGAUAAACUGGGAUUGCUGACUGCAGACACAGAUAAUAAGAGUCUUGUGGGAGCAGUGGCAGUUGUGAACUCCAAGUUGUCCUUACUGGAAGCGACCAACAUUGAGCAAGUGGAAGUGCGGUUACACAGCGUGCUGCAGAAACUGGAUAAAAUUGCUGAAAAGAAAAAUACACAAGAAGAUGCAGAGAAACAAAAUAAGAUAUCGGAGUUAUAUGGACUAGUCAAGAAAUGGGAGGCAACUGCAGAUGUGUUACCUAAGGUUGUGGAUCGAUUAUCUGCUCUUAAAGAUUUACAUGAACAAGCGCUGCAGUUUAGCCAAGCCCUGACAUACCUAGACACAACACAACAAGAGAUUACUGCCAGCCUCAAGUCACAUGGGGACAUGUUGAAACAGAUGCAAGGUGUGAUGAGUGAGAAUGUAACGAGCAUAAAGAACAACUGCACCAGUAUAGAUACCAGAAUCUCCUCCUUAAAAUAAACUUUAUUCCAGUGUUUAGUAAUGUGUAUUUAUUUUCCAUUGUUGGUGAUAUGUUGCGGCUUGUAACUUAUGUCAUUGUAUCUUUCAGAUUUUCUUUUGCAUACAAAUGGCUCUUCAGAUAAUGGUGUAUUAUUGUUCUUAAAUAUCUAAUCUCUUCUCAAAAUGUGAUGAUCAAUGUAUUUGACCGAUUGUUCAGACCUUUGUUUGAGUUAACAACGUGAUUAACGAUAUUGUUGUUAACUUUUAAAGGUAAAAUAUUUGAUGAUGCGCUGAUAUACCAGUAUUCAAAUAAAACCAGUACAGCUGAAAUAGUUGUCUCAAAUUUUGUAAGGAACACUGCAGAUCACACGUGUUUUAAAAGUUAACAACUAUGCUGUUUAUGACAUUGUUAACAUUGAAUAAGUUACGAACAAAAAAUCGGCGGAAUCGCUGGAUCAUCUAAUAAAUGUUAGCUGUUAUAGAAAUUCAAUGAUUUUAGCUUUUUUUCUGUUUUGUUCUUAUUAGAAGCUUGUUUCGACUUAAGUUUUCAUACAUCAGAAAAUUGGUUGAAAUGUUCUUGCAAUGAUAUGAAUGAUAAAGUAUGUAAGGCUUUUAAAAGUUCCCAUUUACUUAUUAUUAAUCAUGUUCAUACCUAUAUGUGCAAUUUAAGCUUAAGUAAUGUCAUUUAUUAUUGUAUGUGGACAAUUCAGAAACUGACAAUGUGCCCUGUUAAUGCCAGACCAUUGAAUGCAUAAAGUACUGGGUGGAUAUUCAUAAAACAUGAUUAGUGGUUGAGCUGAUUUCUUAAAAAAAAAUAACAGUCAAGUAUGUAUUUUCAAUAAAGUCAAUAAAAAUAAGGUAUUUCAGAAGUUUUGUACUGUAUGACCAGUGAGAUAUUAAAAUUUAGAAAGUGUCAUUACUU